GAGUAGUACAGAGAAUAGGGGAGAGAGAGACCAGGGACAAGACAGGUUGAGGGCUGAGGGCUGGAGGAGCCGCAGUGAGAUGGAGGAAUGGAGCACAGUCCCUCUGAUAGUCAUCAUCAGCCUCACAGUGCGCUGGGCAGUGUCUCUCAACUCCUACUCAGGUGCAGGGAAGGCCCCCAUGUUUGGAGACUACGAGGCUCAGAGACACUGGCAAGAGGUGACGUAUAACCUGCCUGCUCACCAAUGGUAUUUCAACACGAGCCAGAACGAGCUGCAGUACUGGGGGCUGGAUUACCCCCCACUCACAGCCUAUCACAGCCUCGCCUGUGCCUAUGUAGCCCGGCUGAUAAACCCUGACUGGAUCGCACUCCGCACCUCCCGCGGCUACGAGAGUCCUGCCCACAAGCUCUUCAUGCGAGCGACAGUGCUUGUUGCCGACGUCGCCGUGUAUAUCCCCGCCGUCCUGUGUUACCUACAGCGGUGCCAGGCUCCUCGCGGCAAGAAGGUGGCCGCCAUGCUGUGUGCUCUACUGUAUCCCGGCCUCAUCCUCGUCGACCACGGACACUUCCAGUAUAACAGUGUGAGCCUGGGGUUGGGCGUGUGGGGGGCGCUGGGUCUGGCCUCGGGGCACCCCCUGCUGGGCUCCGCCGCCUUCUGCCUGGCGCUGAACUACAAGCAGAUGGAGCUGUACCACUCGCUGCCCUUCUUCUGCUACCUGCUGGGCUGGUGUGCGCGGGCAGGACUGCGCGGCCGAGGGUUGCUGUGGCUGCUGGCGGUGGCUGUGACGGUGCUGACCGUGUUUGCCGCGUGUUGGCUGCCGUUUCUUUCCGAUGUGGCUCACGUUCAGCAGCUGCUGCGGAGGCUUCCAGUGGAGAGGGGGCUGUUUGAGGACAAGGUGGGCAACGUGUGGUGUAGUCUAUCCGUGCUGUUCAAGCUCCAUAGGCUUCUGGCUCCCAGCACCCAGGUGUGGCUCAGUGCAGUGGCCACGCUGCUCUCUGUGCUGCCCGGCUGCCUGAAGCUGACGGUCACUCCCACUCUCCGGGGCUUCAGACUGGCUCUGGUGACCUGUUCCCUCUCCUUCUUCCUCUUCUCCUUCCAGGUGCAUGAGAAGUCCAUCCUCCUGGUGGCCGUGCCGGUCUGUCUGCUGCUGCAUGAAGUCCCCUUCAUGGCAACAUGGUUCCUGCUGGUAUCGACCUUCAGUAUGCUGCCCUUGCUGUUGAAGGAUGAGCUAUUGCUUCCCUACGUGGUCACCUCUCUGACCUUCCUUCUGGCCAGCACACAGCUGCUGCGGCCGCUGGACAGCACAUCUACGGUCGACCUACAGCUCCAGUCAUUUUCUCAGUGUCUCCGCAGAUACUUUCCGGGACUCCCAGCCCCCCCGCACCUACUCAAGCUCGCGUUCCUAUUGUCGAUGGCUGGCAUGGUGACACUGAGCCUGGCCAGUGCGGUGCUCGUGCCCCCCCGCACUCUCCCGGACCUCUUCCCGGUCCUCAUCUCCCUCUUCUCCUGCGGUCACUUCCUGCUAUUCCUGAUGUACUUUAACAUCGUGCUGCUGUGGGGGCCAGUGACAGUGACAGCCAACGAGCGGCGAGGGGGCAAAACCAAAUGAAGGAUAGCAGCAACGGCCUCCCUCGCCUCCUGAAGGAGCUCGUCGUGGCCAGGACGGAAGUGGGAAAGGAGGUGAGCAUUCCUGGCGGCGUUCCAGAGGGCCAGAGUAAGCAUCCCGACCGCCAACGAGAUUUGCUCAUCACAAAUCCCGAUUUCCUGGGAAUCUGGGAGAUUUAUUUACCUCAUAGACUGUAAGGAACCUUACAACGCUGAUUGUUUUUUAAAAAUAUUUUCCAAAAAUUCGUGUUUUUUGAGGGAAAAAA